GUUCGAGUUUAAAGCACGUGCUUGCGAACGCUGCUUUACCUCCCUAGGUAGCGCCACGAGCUCAGUAUACAAAAUGGCGACCAAUGGCGACUAUGCAGCAGAAUCGUUUUGUGUGUUAGAGUACGCGCGAUGUUUAUCGGUUGUUACAGUGCAACGUACAUUCCGACGGCGGUCAUCAGAGCAUUCUACGAUGGUAUCGACAAUUCAAGAAGACAGGUUCCAUUAAUUACUAAACGUAAAAGUACCGGAAGACCACGAGUUCCUGACGAAAU